AAUCAUGAUUAAGCAGCGGUUAACGCCUCGGCAGCGGCGGAUUCAAACUGAAGAUGAAAGAUGGCCGCGGAGAAAGACACCGAUGUAAAUAAACAAAACAGAAGGGGCACGGUGUGCAAUGUGGUGAUCAGUCAGGAGUCAGAAACGGGCGGCAGUGGGGACGGCCGGCAGCCCAUCAUCUUCAACCCUGACUUCUUCGUGGAGAAGCUGCGUCACGAGCGGCCCGAGGCCUUCACCGAGCUGGUGCUGAGCAACAUCACGCGGCUCAUCGACCUCCCGGGGGCUGAAUUCUCACAGUUACUAGACGAGGAGCCCAAGACGCCCAACGGCACAGCGGCCGGAGGCUUCUUCCGCUCGUUCAACUUCCUCAAGCGCAAAGACAAAUGUGUUGUGUUCGGCAUGCCUCUCACGGAGGAAGGAAUAGCCCAGAUAUAUCAACUCAUUGUGUACCUCAGCAAAAACCUGCAUGUGGAGGGUCUGUUUCGGGUCCCCGGGAACAGCCUGAGACAGCAGACGCUGAGAGAGCAGCUCAACAGCGGCGCCGACAUCGACUUCUCCUCCGGGGACUUCCAUCCCAACGACGUGGCCACGCUCCUCAAGAGCUUCCUGGGGGAGCUGCCCGAGCCCCUGCUGACCCAGCGGCACCUGCACGCUCACCUGAAGAUCACAGAGCUGAGCCUGUUUGACGAUCAAGGCAACAAGACGAGUCUGCCGGAUAAGGAGCGUCAGAUCGAGGCGCUGCAGCUGCUGCUGAUGCUGCUGCCCACCGCUAACAGAGCGCUGCUCAAGCUGCUGCUGGACCUGCUCUACCACACCGCCAAACAGCAGGACAAGAACAAGAUGUCCGCGCACAACCUGGCGCUCAUGUUCGCCCCGCACGUCAUCUGGCCCAAGAACAUGAAUGCCAGUGACCUUCAGGAGAACCUGAAGAAACUGAACAGCGGCAUGGCGUUUCUCAUCAAACACUCACAGAAGAUCUUUCGGGCGCCGGCGUAUCUGAGGGAACACGCCAGACUUCAGUUCGCGAACACCAGGAUGAUCCACUCCAAGGAUGAUCUGGAGCUGCUGUCGGUCGGGGGCUCUCCGUUCGUGUCGGCGUGUAAGAGGAGCGGAGCGCCAGUGAGCUUAGACCCGGACAGUCACACAGAAGAGGCGCUCCGAGAGCUCUGCCGACACGUCACCGAUCACAUGCCAAACUCCGCCAAGAAGAAAAAACUCAUCCGACAGCUCGGCAAGCAGUCGAGUCCCAGCACUCCUGUGAGCGAGAGCACAACUCCGACCAGUAAAAAACACGCGCGCUCGCGCUCCUUCGGCGGACUCAUCAAGAAGAAGGUUUUGGGGAGUCAGCCCGGCGCAGACAGGAGGGGGCGGCACGUGUCUCCUCCGGGGAAGGAGAACAUCAUCCGUGAUCCAGCGAGCUGAACAACAUCAGCGUGGCCUGUGCUUGUCUAUAUUGUGAAUUCUGCCCGAAUAGAAGACUUCACUCGUCUAGACGACCAGAGGAGACUGUUUUUAUUUUAAUUAUUUAUUUCUUUAUAUUCUGUGCUGUUUUAACAUACUAAAUGUUGAGACUAAUUUUCAUUUUAAUGUGAAUUUUUUUUUAUUUGCUGUAUAGUUUUAAACUGUUAGGUCAGGUUUAAUGGGUAAACCACUUGUCAGUUACACUGGGCUUUUCAGACUGACCCAUGAUAAGAUUAACUCGCUCGGCUCGCUCAUAUUGCCAGUGUAUAUAUGUAUAAAUAUAUGUGCGUGUGCUGAUACCUGGGCCGUACGCAUCUCACAUCAGUCACUCAGUUCAUGCUGAAAUCAGAUUUUAAGGGAACGAUAGACAACAUUUACUCACAAAAGUGUAUCACUGUCAUUUAGAGAUCUGUGAGAAUAUAAACCAGUGUUUGUUUACAUAUAUAUUGUCUUAAUAACACUGUGAACGUUCAAAAUAUGGUAUUUUGUGACAAAUGUGAGUUUUAUUUUUUUUAUUUUUCAAAACUUGAUGUCGCUUUUCUGGCCCAAAUCAUCAGCCGACUGAAGUUUCUGUGUAAUUUAACCACUAAGUCAAAUAGGUUCAUGUAUUUUUGUAUAAAAAUAGAUUUCAGCGUACGAUUAUUGUGUGUUUUCGUAUUGAGAAGUGCACAAAGCAGCGGCGCGGUUCGGUUUAUUUGUAAGGGUUUCGGGUGCGUGUCGAGGGUCUCGGCGAGGUGUUUCGGAGGUUUUCGUAUGUUACAGGUGAGAGGGGUGAAGGGGCAGAGGUUGGGAUGUCAGUGUUUGUGUGAACUCGAGUGGGUAUUAAAGGAUGUUGUGGAAGGAGUUGCUCUCAAUGCAGGUUUGGCUUUGAUCCUUGCUCAAAGCUGAGUGCGUGUUUUUCAUGUUUCUGGAGGACGCUGUGAUGUCACUUCCUUUCAUUGUCUUCAUAUAUAGCUCUUUCAUAUGUGUUUGAGUCCCUCGACUGAUGAAUUGCUUUUUCCUUUUUUUUUCUCUCUCCAGUUUUAAUGCCUUGACUCAAAUGUAGUCUUUCUAAAUCUAUAUUUUAAGCCUGCAGUGUUGAAAAAGGGGUGGGUGGUUAACGUGUUUAACAACUGGAAAUAUUAAAUAAAACGUCUUUCACAUCAGUAAAUAAGCAUGCAAGUUUUCAAGUGUAAAAGGGCUUGUUAACGGUGGACUUUGCAUUCCACAAGUUCAAAUACACUUCCACAAUAAUCAGCGAUUGGUGAAGUGUUUUAAUCUAAGAAGAAGAGCUACAUUCCUAAAGUUUUUCAAGUUUAGAUAUGGGUGCUAUCUGCAAACGUGUAUUAGCAUUGUGGCAGUUGUUAAUUGGGAUGUUUUAUGUAUUUGUGUGUGUGUGUACAGAUGGUACGUGUGGAGAUUGGGGAUGCUCUUAUAUGUUGGAAAAGAUGUGAUGUAACAAAUUGGGGAACUCAUUGUAUAUUUUCCUUUUUUUUUAAAUGUUACAGUACUUGGAACUAAAGGGUUUUUUUUUAACAUCUUUUUAUAUUUGAUCUGUGAAACAUUUGUAUUUGUACUUGAUCUGCUGUAGUACAACGAGCGCUUCUGUGUGUUUCAUUUUUUUAUUAAAACCUUUACCAGCUGA